AUGGCAAACUACAUCAUAUGCCUAGCGCACUUUUGUGAGUUGCAUGGACCAUCCACUAUAGUGUGCACACAGACUGGACCAGUUAAAGACAAACUGAAGUAUCUUAUCCCCGCCAACUCCAAAUCACAGCAAGCUUGUCAAUCAUGUCAACUAAUACUUCCUGACAACUCGAUAAACAUAAUAACGAAGGACAAACCAGAUGAAGAUACCCUCUUUGUGUCUACUCAUUACCCUGCAUCUCAAACAAGAUUCACUUCUCUCACUAAACUAGUCAUGAAAUCUUUAUCAGUGGAAACCACGGCUGAUUUAUCGAAACCGAUGUUUUUCGGUGAUGUGGUGUAUGGCUACUGUAUCAACAAAAUCUUUAAAAUCAAUGAUGCCAAUGCCAGAGGAUCAGAGCGAAAGUAUUCCCUCAUGGUUAUAAGUGAUGUUGAGUCUGAUUUACUUAUGAAUUGGGAUAUAAUCACGAUUUAUUUCAAUGAAAUUAUUGACUUGAUCCAGAAGAGAGUCGAUCAAGUUAAUCAAGAGAGUAAAGAUCCUAGUGGCGUGCUUAAUGAACGGUAUUUGAGAAGGUCCCUUAUCAAACCAAAAUCUUUGGUGGAAUUGACUAAUGAUGAUGAAAUAUUUGUCAAGUUCCAUUUAUGGGCUGUGCAAUUGUUGAAAGAUAUUUUGAAGUAG